GACUCGAAGUAAACAUUGGGCUGACGAAGGGAGGCCCAUGAGCAGCGCCGCGUUUCCCUCUCACUUGACGCAUCUCUCAGCAACUCUGCCUCGGUAUCCCCUCACUAACACUCGCCACACACCACGAUCUACAGAGGGACAUGUCCAGACCGGCGCAUCGAGACCAUCUGUUAGUGCUGUAGGUGGAUCUCAGGUGAACUGAGUUCUAGGGUGAUGAAGAUGGUGCCUGGCUGCUGGUGGGCAUGGCAGGGACCCUCUCACCAAAUGGAUGCCGCCUGGAGCUGACUAUAGCACACUGAGAGGCUGAGUGACCUCGCUAGCUGUUGAUUUUUUGGUGCUUCCAUGAUGUCACUUCCCCAUCACAUCCACUGACCAUUUGUGUUGUUAAGGAGUUCAUGGACUCUACAUAUAUUGGUAUUUAUGUGUAUUGUUAUGUUACAGUCAGUAAUCUUAUCCUCUAUAUGAAAUCAUCUAGUACCCUGACAAACAGAAAUGAGGAUUUGUUGAAUAUUUUGUAGAUAAACAUAAUAAUGAAGGAGCUUGUGUAUACUAGGGGAUCAGGCUCUGUUGUCCCAGCACCAGAGGACCCUAGGCCAUGUGAGACAGAGGUAAUUAUGGACUCUCAAAGUUGUGGAAGUGCACCUGAAGGGAGUGAUGGCAGCAACAUUGAGGCAGACAAAGGAAGUGGCAUUGUAGGGUAUGACACACAGAACAGUGACAUUAGCAGUACAAAACUUGAUACAGGAGGUAGUGAGAGGACUGUUGUGCACCAUGGGUCUAGUAGCAGUGAAAGUAGCAGUGUUAAACAUGCUGCCACACACAGUAAACUUAGUGCAGACUAUGAUACAAUGUCUGUUGAGUGUGUGACAGAGAACCUGGGAGCUGAACAUAAUCAAAGUACAAAGUAUAACCAAGAAAGCACUGAGAGUAUGAGAUGUGAACCAAAAAGUGAUGAAGAUGCUGAGACUAGUGCAGGGUUAACUCUAAGCCAGAGGGACACAGCACAAGUGAGCACCCUAAAUAGUGAUGACUCAAGAUGUGCUCUCCACCUCGAAAAAGAUCAGCAAGAUAGAAUCACACUCCUACUUGAAAUGGAGGAUGCAGUAAGUGAUGGGCUGGUUUCCAAAGUAAUGGGAGAGGAUAACUUAACAUUUGGCUGUGACCUGGAGCAACAAAUAGAUCAAGUGCAAGUGGGCAUUGGUAGUGUGGCAAACCAGACAAACAGUUGCUCAAUAAAGUUGGGGGAGCAAGGUAGUGACAUUAACUUAGGAAAUCAGAUAGAGAAAGACAUUAACAAUGAUGCCAAAAAUCAGGCAGUGAAGAGCGGCUGCACUGACAUGGAGAAGCAGAUGGAUGGUGAUAAUGAUGUGAGAUGUCAGUCAGUGGAGGGUAGCUGUACUGAUAUAGAGAAGCAGUUGUUGGACAUCAGUACCAGUGACAGCAGGGAGGAGACAGUGGAGAGCAGUAGUACUGAUAUGGAGAAUGUGGCAUCUCAAGUCAGUGGUAUGAAUGUCAUUAAGACAGAACAGAGCAGUAAUAGUAAUAUGAUAGUUACAGCUGGACAGGACACACACCAUACUGAUUCUGGAGAGACCAUAGAGAAGAUUAGUGAUUCCAUAGAAAAAGGGGAAAGCUUUGGUGAGCAUGUAGAGAAGCAAGAGGAAAAUGUUAGUAGUGGUGAUCCAGAUGCUGAGAUGAAUGAUGUGUUAAGUGAUGAGCCAAGUGAGGAUUUGCACACCACCAAGUUAGGGAAGAUCUGUAGGAUAUGUGGGGAAAUGACUGUCAAGUAUGAUGGCCCCAAAAAAGGAGUGCCAAAGGAAGAAGUUGUGAAGCAUGUCAAGAAAGUGUGGAAUGUUGAUAUAUCAAAUGAGAGUGCAGAAGUGUAUCCUCUCAAUGUAUGCUUGAGCUGUGAACGCAAAAUAAAGAGAAUAUACUUGAAAGUGUCAAAGAGGAAAAAGUGCGAACUCUUCCGAGACAAACCAGCAGAGUUUGUGGAACAUAGUGGGAGUGACUGUACUGUGUGUCUUCUGAAAGAGGAAACUCCAUUGCCUAUCUUGUCUAGUGAGUCAAUUAUAAAGAACAAAGGUAGUGUAGGUGGUGGUGCUGCAGAUGCUCAAGAGACACUCACAAAGAAUAAUGCACCACCUCAAGCUCAAGAAUCAAGAAGGAACACAACCAGGAAGCGAAGCAGGGAAGAGCUGAGAGAUGCAUUCAGAACUAUAGGGAUCCAGACAGAGAACCCUGGCAAUCUUGACAGUAUUACCGGCCUGGAGGAGCAUGACUACACUCAGGAGGAGGCACUCAGGCAGUAUCUCAUUAUGCCCAAGAAAAUUGGCACCAGGACGCCAUAUCAAAAGCAGUCCCUGUGUUCUGUCAACGCCAAGUACAUCCGGCAGGACCGCCUCAAGCCUCUCAUAUCUCACAUUGAUAAGUUCUGUCAGGUGCACAAGGAGGAUAAAAUAGAUGUUAUGUUCUUCCUGUUGAUACAGACACUGAGGGAUGCAAAUGAUCGUGCUAGAGAGAAUCUGGUUACAGACAUAUGGUGCAAGAAGAACAGCAUAGGUGUGUCCCUCACAGACGAGGAGUGUCUGGCCAAGCGGAUAUUGCUCAAGCAGACCAAGGAGCAAUAUAGGAAAGAAUACUGCUACUACAAGGACAAGUUGGAUAAGUCUGUGCUCAAGCCUCCAUUCAUCAUUGACCGCCUGGAGAAGACCUACUUUCCAGAGCACCUUGACUACUUUGUGACUGAUGGGAAGGCAGGACCCGUGAUCUACCAGCAUGAGAAGAGCACACACCCCUCACAUUUCAACAUCACAGAGCUGCCAGAGAGCAAGAUAGAUGCAGGCCGGGGUGGCAGUGUGGUGGGCACUCGUUGGCACUAUUUUGAUGCAGUGGCCAAGACACUCGAGGAACUCUCCUGCUACACCGAGAACGAGAUCCAGGACCUUGACGAGGAGACCUGCAUCCACGUGGACAUGAUGGACUAUUUCGAGGAGAAGCGCGACAUGACAAGCCUCUCCGACAAGACCACCGAUGCCCCAGGGCCAGGAGGGCGCACGGCACAGUGUAAAAUGAUGACCUAUUUCUUUGGGGUGCAGUCCAUGCAGGCCGUGGUGGAGAGCAAAGUGACGCCACUGUACAAAGCCAACUCCUUCACUACACUGUUCCGGCCACUCAUGAAGGCCAUCGUGGGGGAGGGCAGUGCCAUCAACCCCACCUAUGCAGCAAUAGAGAUGGAGCGCACCGCCAUGGCUGACAAGAUCUUCCACAUCACCUUGCCAAAUGGGACUCCUCUGCGCUUCAUGGUCACCUUCACCAACUCAGCUGCUGAAAUGAGGAAGGAUUACAGAAACACAAUAGGACUUUCCCUCUCCUCAUUCAAGAAGGCGCCGGUGGUGAUCAAUCGCUACGGCAGUGUGUGCCUGGAGCUGAAGAGAAGCUGGCUGGCCUCAAGUCCCCGCCUGGUGCACAUCAGUCAGGUCACCAACUCCCGCACCAGGUGUAGCCGCUGUGGUGAGCAGGGACACAAUGUGCGCAAAUGCUCCGUGCCAUCUGAUGGUGGUCGGGAUGGCACACACAGGAGAAAGAAGAAGCAGCGCACAGUGCCCCCUUCACCCUACCCUUCCCCGCCCUCACAGACGCUACAGCCACCUGCAAGAACUUCAGAGAUGAUGGAAAUGGCACCUCCACCACCACCACCACCACUACAAGCACCACUGCAGCAACAGCAUCAACAUCAACAGCUUCAGCAGCAACAGCAGCAGCAGGAACAGCAGCAGCCACAACAGCCACAGCCUGCCCCCUGCUCCAUCCUUCCUGAUACUCCAGACAACCUGAGCCAGGAGGACGGGGCAGACAUCAUUAGGAGCACCGAGCAGAUCCUGUGGACAUGUCCUGGCCUCAGCAAUGUGCCGCCCACUGAGGACACCCAGGUGCUCAUCCCAGCCACAGCACCUGUCUCUUCAUCAUCAGCACAGUACCCAGGUGUAGUCCCCCAGCGCUCCCAGGCUGGCUCAGCCCCUGUGUACGUGUGGGCGUACACCGUGGUGCAGCCAACUCACACUGGGGGACAGCAGGCACCCUCAGAACAGUUAUCCCUUGUGCCACCACCACAGCAACCUGCCCAGGCACUCACUGUGGUACAACAUCAUUCUGUACCCCACCACAGCACACCUCAGUCCCACCAACAGAUAGCAGGCACAGCAGGCACCCACCAACAGGUCAGCCAGUCGGAUUCAACACAAGCAUCACAGCAGCAGCUUCCUGUCAUCCACCACCAGCAACAGCAGCAGCCAACACCAUCGUCACAACACCUCCCUGUCAUACAUCAACACCAGCAGCAGCAGCAGCAGCAGCAGCAGCAGACCCCAACAUCACAGCAACAGAUCAUAGUGACCCACCACCAAGCCAGUCAGCCAGACACAUCACAGUCAUCUCAGCAGCAGCACCUUCAUGUCAUUCACCAGCAGGCAAGGCAGGUCGUACCAGCAUCACAGCCAUCGCAGCACCUCCACAUCCUACCACAGCUGACCCGAAUACCAGCACCACCCCAGCAGCUGCCAGUCAUCCACCAGCAGUCCUCCCGCCACACAGCCUCCCACCUCAACCAGCUUCAGCAGGUGUCACAGAAGACAUCUUCCCAGAUCAACCUCAUUCCACAGCAGAUGUCCAUAGUUCACCAGCAGGCAGCAGCACCCCAGCCAGCACUCUCAGCAGUCCAGCAGCAGCAGAGAGCAGCACACCAAGCCACCCUCACACACCAGACUCAGCUGCACUCCACUGACGCCACACAAGCUCAGCAAGUUCUCCACCCUCAGACGUCCAGCAUUCAGCCUGUCUUGGACACAAACUGGCAGCCUCAGUAACAUGGUAGGAGAUUGCAAGAAGAACAAUAGAAGAGGUGGAACAAAAUGGCAAGGAGGGCUGACAGAAAUGGGAGAAAUUCACUGAGGCAAUCACACUAUCAUUCGGAAAGGAAAUAUAAAAAUUGAACUGAGAAAAAAGGAAAAAGAAAAAGAGGUAAAGGAGGAGGAGCAAAUGAUGUCACAGAGGAAACAACAUAUCACAGGUAACAAACACCCAAACACUUCCAAUCACAGAGAUAGGUUUGUAAAAAUCAGCGUUGAAUAUUAUUUUCUGAAGCACAAAUUUCAGAUGUAAAUGUGAUCACAGGACAUUUUGUUAAGUGUAACUGGAAUUUCGGAGCAUUUUCUUUCCUGUCUGCCAUUCACAUAUCCUGACUCCUGCGAGUGCAAUCCUUACAACUUUUGACAAUUUCAACAGAAUUUUAGUUUUUUGAUACUGGUAUAUUGUUAUGCUUAGCAAGUGUUUUAAUAUAUGCUUAGCAAGUGUUUUAUUAUAUGCUUUUGUGUGUGCGUGUGUGUGUGUGUACAUAAAGCAAAGCAGAGUUGUAGCUUUUCCAACUUCAGAGGAUUUAAUAUUUUUAUUUAACAGUACAUGUGUGAUUAAGAAAAGAAAUGUGUUCAUGUAGUUAUUAUUCAGUGUUCGUCCUUGAAUUUUUGGUACAAAAGACAAAAGCUUUUUUGUUAUGUAUAUUUAAACAAGUAAUGUAUUAUUGAACUAUAAUGAUGAAUAGGUAAGUUUUAGUUAUAAAGUCAAGCUGUCAGUGAUUUAUGUAGGUAGUUGUUAAAAAGUAUCAGUGUACUUUUCUUCUACUUUUCUUUCUUUUCUUAUAUUGUUAUACCUUAUUGUUGGUAGCAUCCUCGAAAAUAUUAAUCCACUGAUUCAUCUCUUAAUUUUUCUGAUAAGUCUUUAUUAUAUUAUUAUUGCAUCAAGAUGUGUACUGUUUUUUUUUUUUUUUUUUUUUACACCAUUAUGCUGGCAGUAGCUUCAAAAUAUUAAUUCACAUAGUCAUCUCCCUCUCAGUUUUUUUUUUUUUUUUUUUUAUGAAUCUAUAUUAUAUUGUUAUUGCUUCAAAACUGUAAUGACUAUUCAUUUAUUUUGUUUUAUUUUCAUGCAUCUUUGUCUUGGGUUAUUUACCUCCAUGACUAUGACAUCACUAAAUAUUUUCUUCCUAAUGUGAAGAAAGUGGAAAAGUUUGCACGUCAGCUCAUUAAGAUAAUUAACUGAAUAAGAUCUUUAUAUUAAUUUCCUAUAUAUUUUCAGAAUGGGAAUAUGAACCCAAAAAUUUUUAAGCUUUAAAGUAAUAACCUUAACAUCAGGCAUUGUACUUGUAGCACCAGGAAAAUUUUAGAAUUUGUGUGUUAACAUGAAUGAGUGACUGACCGGGAUAAUGGCAGUGUGGCAUUGGGUCUUAUGAUGCCAAGCCACUUGGGAUAACCAAAUCAUAAGGCAUGAGGCUGUAAGAGUGUAGGACUAAUCCUGGUUUGUUCUCUUGAGUAACCUUAUAUGUUGUCAGUGUUGCAUUGCCUUGAGUAUGGAGAUUGUUAGAAGUCGUCACUGAUUGAGAAAAGCAGAUUUUUUUCUCUUCCUUUCUAAUGUGCUGUAGAGGUUGAUUGGCAGCCAUAAAGACUCAAAGAAUGUUUAAUUGAUACUCCUCUCUUGAAGUUUAGUCAGGAAUAUUGGUAAAAAGAGUCAGACUGCAAGUUUCAGAAUUUACCAGUAGUUAAGCCAGAGGAGUGUGGGAAAAUAGAAUCAUACAGUCAGUUUCAAAGUUUAAUAGUAAUUGUUAAGUCAUAAGAAAUUGGGAAAAACAGAAUCAAGGACACAGUUUCAGAAUUUACUAUUAAAAGGGAUGAGAGAGUGAAGAUACUAUAGUGAAUCCAGCCUUACUUGGUACUUGUGUCAUCAGCUGUACCUGUCCUGUAUUGCUAUCACAUUCACAGUCAAUAGGCUCAUGGCAAUCUCCCUUUCUCCAUCAUACUGUCACCCUCUGCCUUAUUUGUUCCAGAAUUAUAAGAUGUUACAUACGACUUUUUUUUUUUUUAUGAUGGAGCAACAGUGUUGUAAUCUGCCAGUACACUUGGCAAUGCACACAGGCUGUGUGGCCCUGCCAUCCAUGUGUCCAUGACAUGUGAAUCACCCAGGCCACACCUGCUAGCCCAGUUCAGGUCAGGUCACCCCGAGGUGAGGUGGCAGCAACAUAUACAAUUACAGCCUACAUCCUGCGUACCAAAUUAGUCUGGAUCCAGUAUAAUUAACUCUUGCAUUAUUUAAGUGGAUGAAACAAGGAUGAGAGUAAGUAAAGUCUUGUGCAAUAAGAUACUCAUUUAUUGAGGAUAGACAGCCAGCAUAUAAAAUUACUUCCAUAGGAACUCUCUUUUGUUUUUUUUGUGUCAUUCUGGAUACAUUUCCUGAUCAUUUCUACACAUCCUCACAUAUUUAAGAUGGGGUAUUAUGAAUGCUGUAUAUCUUUAUGCACUGUAAUCCUGAAAGUACAACUGUUAUUGUACCUUUGUGUGACAGUUAUUUACUGAAUUAUAUGUAAGGUUACAA